UAUAUAACCUGCGACGCAGUGGUUGGCUUGGCAACGACAGUAGCCAGGUUAGCUUAGCUGUUGACUUCUCAAGACCCGUAAACAAAACGGAUUUUUGUGUAUAAUAGUCGAAACUACGGCUUUUUCCUCAACCAGGCAGCACCGGAGAUCAUCCUCUUUGUUGUGUGAGUCACUGAAGAUGAUUGAUUCAUCUCUAAGUUCUCUGGGUGCAAAAGUUGUCGUCGCUGCAUCCAGCGAUGAGAAUCACCCUCCAGAAAACAUCACCGACGGAAACACCAACACGUUUUGGAUGUCCACCGGGAUGUUUCCUCAAGAGUUCAUCCUUCGCUUUGCUGAACCGACGAAUGUUUCUGCUGUGACCGUGGACAGCUACAAUGUCAAGCAACUAAAGAUAGAAAAGAACACCUCACAAAAUGCUUCUCAAUUUGAGUCUGUUGCAGAGAGAGAAUUUGAAAUAACCGAGGGACAUCUUCAGUCAAAUGCUAUUUCGCUAAAUGGAAGCGAUGCAACUCACCUUCGUUUUAUCAUCACCUCAGGAUAUGAUCACUUUGUCUCAGUGCAUCGAGUCAGUGUACAACAUUGACACACUUGACUUGUGAAUUAAAGCUUUGUGAUACA